GAUUCAAGCCACCCACUUACCACCUUACAAUGGAUAAAACUUAACUCGAACCCGACCCGAAACAAAUUAUGAGCCUAAUUUACUAGAGACAGCUAAAAGGAGCAAAGGUGGAAAACAAACAAAGCAUCAACACUAUAGCACCAUAAAAGCCACUCAGAAAAAAACAGGAUCAAAUUACACAGAGCAUAAGUCUAAUCUCAAGAAACCCCAAAUAAACAAAAACUAAAAAAUUUACAGCCCCCAAUAUUUGUCUCAGAGAAUCUCUGCAUAACUCAGUUCAUCUCUUUCCUCUUUCUCUCUCCUCUUUUUCCUCUCAUUCAUUCAUUCAUAUUCUCUCUCUAAAUACCCAGAAAACCCUUCAUCUGGGUUUUUUCUCUUUCAUUCAAAAACCCCCCCAAAAAAAAAAAAAAAAACCCCAAUAAAAUCAGAAAAAAUGGAGAUCCCAGAACAGCUGAUGAAGUUCAAAUUCCAUUUAAUUGCUGGGAUUUUAUUAUCUGGUUCAAUUGUUACUUUAGUAAGUGUUGCUCCUAGAUUUGUUGAUCUUUUGGCUUAUUUUUGGCCACUUUUAGCUUCAACGGCUCUAUUUUUGGCGGUGGUUGUUGUGUUCAGCCGUGUAUCGCCGCCGUCUGCCGACGCUCCCGGCGAGAAAGCCGCCGAGGGUCUCUUGGAUUACGUCGCCGGACAACCGGAAGCAUUUGUUGAUACUUCAACCUUUAAUGAGUGAGCAACAGUGACAAAAUAUAAUGUAAAACUUUUUUAUUUUUUUUAUUUUAAAUUUGUAGAGUAAUAAUUAAUUCCUACUCCCCGUAUUUCUCUCUUUUUUUCCAUUUUAAUUUCAUUUCCUCUUAUCUUUUAGAGUUUUAGACUUUCUUUGUGAUUUGUUAGAGUUUUUAUAAAGAUGAAAUGUAAAUUUUUAGGGGAGAAUAAAAAAUUGAAAUAAAAUUAAUAAUAAUGUUAAUGUUUCCCUU